UUUAUGUUAGCCAUUGGGUGUCUUUUAAGAAAACAUGGAAGGAAAUGUUGAAAAUCCAUGCAUAGGACCUGGAAGCCAAGCUGGUUACGUUUUAAGUAAUGUGGCUGAAGUGGUGGAGAGAAUUUUGACGUUCGUUCCAACCAAGUCGUUGCUCCGCACAGCUUGUGUUUGCAGGCUGUGGAGGAACUGCGCCCGGCGGGUGUUGAGGACGCAGCAGCGGGUUGCCUGGGUUUCGGCCACGGGCUGCGGCAGCGAAAAAGGCCAUGUCUUGCACAGGAAUUUGACAGAUGAGGUCGAGAACGUGUACUUGCUGCCUCAGACAGUUUUGAUAAUGGCAGACUGUGAGACCAUCAUCGGACCGGACUGUUGCUACAGGCAGAAAAAAGCGAGGAAGACGGACAGCUCUGAACUGGCGUUGGAGCUGAAGGCGCUGUUCCCCAGGGACUGUGAGAUUCUGGGUGUCGCAACAUCUGGAGUUGUGCUGACGCCCAAUGGUCUGAGCUCCAGCCCCCCUCAGGAACACCAGGAUGGGGAGGCGGGCUUCGCGCUCAUGUUCCCCAGCAUGGAGGGAGUCACCGUGCGCCCCUUCCACUUCUGCACGAAGAGCCUCUCCAACGCAGCACUCGAGGAAGCAGGGCUUGUGGGUAACCCGGACCUGCGGGUGGUCUUCCUCUUCGAGUACGAGGCGUUCAGAUCGCGAGCGGCCCGCUUCCUCAAGAAGGUCCUGAAGCCGCUGGCCCAGAGCAGUGCCCUGGUGGCCGGGGGGCACGUGGAGAGCGUCUUCACCCACUCUAGGGACUGCUGUGGGCAGGGCUCGUACGGCUUGUCGGGUCUGGCGCUGAGCGGCUCGCGGGUGCAGGGCGCGUCGGUGCUGCUGGACCAGGACGUGGCCACCGAGAAGGACGCCGAGGCGGUCCUGCGGCGGCUGAAGGCCGCCAACUUCCCCGAGCGCAACACGCUGGGCUUCAUGUUCGCCUGCCUGGGCCGCGGCCACAACCACUACGGCAAGCGCAACGUGGAGGCGGACACCUUCCGGAAGGUCUUCCCCAACACGCCGCUCUUCGGCUUCUUCGGCAACGGCGAGAUCGGCUGCGACCGCAUCGCCACGAGCAGCUACACCCUGAGCGAGGCGAGCGGGGCGAGCGAGAGCGACACGGACAGCAUGCAGCACACCUACACCACCGUCAUGGUGCUGGUGCACCUGGGCUGAGGCGCCCCAGGCUCCCGGAGCCUUCCGGCAUGUUCGCCAACGGGACCAUUCCCCGCGGUCAGUAUGCGGUUCGACUGCGUCGCUGCAACCGCGUUUCGUUUUUUUUCUUUUCUUUUUUUUUUUUUUUUUUCUUUUCCGGGAUCACAUUUGAUGGAACCUCUCCACCUGAGGUGUUGUGAAUUUUAGCGCGUUUCAAUUUCACCCAAAGCUUUCAAAACCAUCGCCCUAAUAUGCUGCUCUCUUCAAAUUAUAUACUGUAAAUUGCCCCAAAAUUUAAGCGGGGAGGGUGGUGUUUUUUGUUGUUUUUGCCGAGAAGUGAAAAGUUGGUCUUGACUAACAAAGUCGGUGUUUUUUCAUGGCCGUCAGUUUUGAAAGUGGGCAUAAAAGACUCUGAGGAAAGAACAACCUGUUCUGUCUGCGAAUCUACCAGUGUUACCGUGCCAGCUGGGGCAUUGUCAGGUUUUAUGAGAGAAAUUUACAGCUGUUGUGCUAUUGGAAAAGACGGUUGUGAAUUGCCACAAUGCACUCCCCCCAGGAAUGCUUCAGUCUUCGUACCAUUUGAGUUUGAAUGUAUGGCAUUCAAUUCAGUAUCCACUUUGGAUUUGAAGAUAAAUUCCUCCUGAUUUGGCACACAAUUUUUUUCAAUCAUAGUGAUUUGUAUGGUUAAACGGUGCAUAGAAAAAUUGGUGCUUUACAUAAACAGCUCACCCGUAGUUACCGUUUACUAAUGUAGGAGCAUUGUGUGAUCAGCAUAAAUUGUUCUUUAUCAUGGUUCAUCGGUAUGUUCCAUUCUACUUUCUGGGUCUGCUAUUAGUUCAUUGUCAUCCAAUAUGUAACACUCUCUCUAAUUUUAGGCCACAGAGUAAUGUGGUUAUUACCUGUGAAAGUAGGUGGAUACCAGCAUCACACAUAAAAUAUAGCUGUAAAACAAUACCUUGUUUUUGGUAUUUGGGUUAUUUAUUCACCGGGAUUUAAUUGUAUGUGUAAUUUUUAAAGAUUAAAAGAACACGCUUCUUUAAUUUAUGUUUUAUUCAACAAACAUCCCGAUGAAAAGUAUAAUUCACAUGCAGUCUGAUUCGGUGAGUUAAUUUCCAGAUCGACUAUUUUCUCAGCUAGCCAAACAUGAUGCUUGGUGUUUGGAGUUGGAUAUUGUGCCUUGGCAGUUGGUGUUUCAGUUUAUGUUGCCGCUUUACUUUAGUGCAAGCUCUAACUUCUGUUUCUGUAGUGAGUUGAUCCGAUCCCUGAGUUGUUUCAGUGGGCAUGCAGCUGUGAGCUGACCACAUGACCUAACUGAAGUGAUUUGUGGGUAAUGACUAACAUGUAAUAAGUAACCUGCUUUGCUUGGUGACAGUUGUUUGCGGUGUAGGAUCAUGGUGUGGGAUUCUUCAGUCUAACCACAAUGCACUUAGGCCUUAUUUAUCAAUAUCACAUUUAAAUUCUCUGUUGGUUUGAUUCUAUUGGUUCUCUUCCUUUUCUAUAUGUUUGGCCAUUUCGGCAAGAAUCAUACUUGAGAUGUUGCUUCGGUAGUCGGAAAAGUGAAAAUGAGCUGAAAUGGGUUUUACUGAGAGAUGAGAGGCAUUGGGGUUAGAUUGAAUUAAUCUUAGACUGAGGCCUUGGUCUUGUAACUUUACACUCAAGUCUGUGGUGCUUUAAAAAUGUAAAAGAAACUUCACUGUGGAGGAAAGAGGAGAUUUUUUUUGCUGAAGUUGUAGACCUGUGUUGCCGCUUAACAAUAUACAGCAAAUAAUAGCAGAUCUAAACCACAGCUAGCCAUUUUCAAUGUACAUCACAUACUGUUACACAUAACCAAUGUUAGUUCCUGUGAUAUGGUCUCCUAUCACUAUCACUCUGUCUGUCUGGCUUUAAUGAAAUAAACGGGAAUACUUCAUGUACAA